UAAACGACACACGGCGGGUCGUUUAAUGAGGGAAGUGAAAUUAGUGCAAAGUGUUUGGCGAAAAUUGGCGAAACAACCCAAGCGAAGCGAGAAGUGCACCGUGCGGCGGCCCACUCCACGGGUGGGAGAAUAGUUUUGGAAAGUCCGUUGGCUCGCAUAGCGCAACAGACGGCGGCCAUGCAAUCGCGUGACAGUAAACGGACUAUGGUAGGACUGGUCGUGACGUUCGUCUCAGCAGCCGUCCUGCUGCUGGGCACGGUGGCCGGCGAGCUGGUGACAACCCACGACCAGAAGGCGAACCAGUGUUGCCAGGACGCGUACGUGGUCGACGGUAAGCAGCAGCAGUGUGUCCGCAGCGAUGGUAAUUACACGGCGGAAAUGCACCUCAACUGCACCCACAGCUACAUGAUCUACCGCGAGAUCGAGCAGGAGGUGUACGUGGACGAGUCGGGCAGCCUGGUCGAUGGAGAGUUCCGGAUCCAGCGCCACGACUACUGUGUGGCGCACACCUUGGACGGCGAUGGCACGCAACCGGUGUUUGUGGUGUGCUUUAAUAUGGCCAACAUGGAGACGAUUGCCACGAUGCUCGUCAGCAAGGGUAUCAUGAUGCUGAUCUCCGUAUUCUUCCUGCUCGUCACACUGUACAUCUACUUCAUCAUACCGGAUCUGCGGGAAACGCAGGACAAAGUGACCUCGGCCGCCGUCGCUAGUCUCGCAGUGUUCAUGUUCCUUCUCAGCGUGGUCCAGCUCUGGGCGUCCCUCACGCACACGUCCUUCUGCACGGUCAUAGCGUUCCUGAUGUACUUCUUCCUCAUCAGCUAUUUCGCAUGGCUGAACAUGGUCAUGGCUAACGUAUGGAAAUUGACAGUCGCCCGUCGAUGGAAGAUCAGAGAACGAUCCUGGUACGUCCUGAACCACAUCUACGCCGUCACCGUUGCCGUGACGUUAACGACCAUGGUCUACAUUUAUCACAGCCGGUAUCCGACACUCGGCGAGAUCUCCUGCUGGUUCCGGACCGAACGGGAGCAGUCGUACUUCGUCUAUCUGCCGCUGAGCGUGAUGCUGAGCAUUAACAUUUUCCUGUUCGUCUGGACGAGCAUACAUCUGCAUACGAGCGGCGACGACCUCAGCCCGGAUCGGAAAAAGUCGCUCCGGUACAAGUGCAUGCUGUACCUGAAGCUGUUCCUGCUGUCCGGCCUUAUCUGGGUGUUUGAGAUACUAUCGUUCCACAUGAGCGAAGGUUUGGUGCCCCAGUCCUGGUUUUGGAUUAUCGUCGACGCAGUCAACUGUCUGCACGGGGUCCUCAUCUUCUUCGUACUGAUCGUCUGGCGGCAGCGCAUCAAGCGGGAGCUGGCGAACCGAUGGGUGAUCUGCUUCCGGGCACCGGCACGCUGGGCCGAACUGAAAGACGACGAACAGGAGCAUCUGCACGAUGAAGGUCGCGAUACGGGGAAGUAUGAUCUUAUCAUCAAGUAAACAGAACACCUUACGAAAUAGCGUCCCCAAGCCAACAUUUGGCCCCAGCGUGGUGACACCUGCCAUCUGGCGGUAAAGUGCUCGCUGUACCUCUACAAUCGGUGACCUCAUUCAUAAGGGUACGAGGUACGAGGAGAGCAGUGAAGGAAGGUGAAGUCGUUCGAUAGGGAGAGGCCCCCACGCGCGUGUGUUCCCUGGCAAACGCACAUAGUCCGUAGACCAUCAUUUUACACCCAAGCGGUUUCCCAACGAACCCAUCGAACGUGUGGCGAUGAUUUUUUACCACAUGCCAGUUCGAUUGGUUGGACAAACACUUAUAGUUACGCGCAAAUUGUUAAGCGUAGGUUACGUUUAGGAGCUAGAUAAGCAAUGUUGAGAAAGUUGCAGAAUUUAUACUGUACACACUACUAUAUUAGAUAUAUAUAUUCGAAGUAAUACUAGUGGUUGCAUUGCGUCAGGCGUUACUUUAUCUAUUUUGCUACUGCUGCCUUGCUAAUCACCCGCUGCACCGUGUGCGGUGGCGUGAUUGAGGUGAUGCCUAAGUCUGUUAAUGAAUUUACACACAAACACCUAAAAUGCCGGUUAGAUAAUGGGUAAAGUUUGAACUUACAGUAAUAAACUUUUG